UCCUUGUGUUCUCAGCGGUACGACGUCGUGCGCGGCCCGACGUCGAUCGCCAAUGGCGUGCAAGGUGAAAGGGAUCUUCAAGGGCCUCAAGGCCUUCUCCUGGAUCUUUGGUAAGCGGGCAUUUUGUUUCUCUUUCCCGCCUGAAAACCUCAAACUCUGGACAUGGACGCACUGUCUGUUUUCCUCCAUGGGUCGUCGCCGGUCCUUGCAGCGGUGAAGGAGCACGAGAUGGAGAUCGGUUGUCCGACUGACGUGAAGCACGUCGCGCACAUCGGCUGGGACAGCGUGGCGGGCGGCGUGUCUCCGAGCUGGAUGAACGACAUCAUGGCGUCCUCAGACUUGUCGUCCCUGGGCAACUUCGCAGCGCUCACUGGUACCUCCUGGGUUUCUCAAGGUACAGUGACCAUUUCCUCAUGCUCUCCGGUUCAGAAUGCAUCGCUUUGUUUUGCUAUAGUUCAGUUCAGCAGCUACUUCCGUAUGACUGUUGUGUUGCACAUUUCUUAGCAAAGGUUUUUGGUUCUUCGUGUGAUCUUGCUAGUAGCUAGGAUCAUGCGCAUGUCCCGGAGUUUUGCUUUGUCCAUUCCUCUGUUAGUUCUUGUACCCGCAGCACAACACACGCACUGGCUUCAGGUUUCUGAAGCCUGAGAUACCAGCAGCAUCUCUGAACUCUGUGAGAUACCUCCGGGGGAACAUUUCUUAGCAACUUCUAUGGCUCUUACAUACAUGACAGCAGAAUCGGGGUCCUUAUUGAAGUGAAUUGUGAGACUGACUUUGUGUCUCGAGGUGACAUUUUCAAAGAGUUAGUUGACGAUCUUGCCCUGCAAAUUGCUGCUUGCCCUCAAGUGCAGUACAUCUCUAUUGAUGACGUCCCUAAGGAGGUUGUGAAGAAGGAUACCGAGCUGGAGAUGCAGAGGGAGGACCUUUUGACGAAGCCUGAGCAGGUCCAGGCUAAGAUUGUCAAAGGGCGUGUAAAGAAGAGGCUUGGAGAAUUCGCGUUGUUCGAACAACCAUUCAUCAAGAAUGACAAGGUCACAAUAAGUGAGUGGCUGAAGCAAACUAUAGGUACAACUGGAGAGAAUAUGAAGGUCAGGAGAUUUGCCCGAUACAACCUAGGUGAAGGGCUGGAGAAGGAAAGCCAGGAUUUUGCUGCUGAAGUUGCAGCACAGACAGCAGCGAAGCCGGCACCAUCUGCUCCUCCCAAGGAUGAGAAGCCUGCUGAAACAACAGAAUCUGCUGAAACAACAGAAUCCACAUGCAAUUAUAUUAGCUUAAUUUGUGUCUAAAUUACUAUUAUUAGAAUGGUUUCUAAUUCUAAAAAACCAAACGGGGCCUUACUUAAAAACAAAACAAAAGGUUGUGUUCUCUGGCAUCUAUUUGCUAGUUACACACUACUCUAAAAUUUGUAUGCAAAAGUAUUUCUGAGAAUGAAACCAAAAUUGGC